GACUGUAAACAUUACGACAACAUUAAAAGGGGAAACGUGAGUUCACCUCAAAACUAAAAUUCUGUCAUCAUUUACUGUAUGACAGGACCUGUAGGACUUUAUUUCUCUUGCGAAACAAAAUAAAAGCUUCGGUAUUUUGAAAACUGCUGUGUCCCUGAAAAGUACAGUAUUUGAGGGGACAGGAUGUUUUUAAUUGUGUUAAACCACAACUGUCGAGUGCACUCAUUUAACUUCAUGAUGCACCGCAAAAACGAGUGAACAACCGAUAACCGCUCACAUCGCGCCGCUACUUAUACCGAGUCUCGCGCUGGAUGAAUUCCCUCACCUCGGCACAAGAUGGCGCCCGCAAAACUAUUUAAUUAUUGAAGUUUAAAAACCUUUGUGUGAGAAUCUAACAUUUCGCCACACGAAUACAAAAAUAACCGUAGAUUCGAACGGUUUGGUUUUAUCUCAUAAAAAAUAACAUUUCAUCAAACCAACAUCCAUUUGACAUGCGCCCUGGCUGACUGACAUGAUGACGUGUUCUGUGCGCAUGCGCAAUGGAAUCGCCGUUUUGGGGGCGUUCCUGGCGUGCGGCAGAUGGGCGUGGCGGAGGUGGGUGUGUGUUGCUCAGCUGAUACACGCAUACGCCGACUAUCAUCACCCGGUCCAGUCAAUACAGAUACCGUGCGGUUUAUAUGGACCCGCUGUGGACGCGACGGAACCGUAACGCCGCUGAUGUGUGACGCGCGUGAAUGUCCGCGCUUCUACAGCAUGUUUGAGGCGUGUGGACGGAGGUGCUGCAGCAGCUGUGAUGCUCCACAUGGAGGGUUGCUGGGUUGAGUGACGCCAGCAUGGGCAGCGUGGGCAGCGGUGUGGCCGGAGAGCAGGAGUUUGCCAUGAAGAGCGUGGGCACGCGCACCACCCUCCCUCGCGGCCCGCCCCUGUCCCGGCGCGGCCCGUCCGACCGCAGCUUCAGCGCCGAGCGUCUGCAUGCGCCCCCCUCAGAGGUCUCCAGCAGCAUCACUACGGAUCGAGCACAGCUCAACAGCACCUCCUCUCAGCUGGAGCGGCUACCCAGCAACGGGAACGGGCCGGAGGGUAACGGCACCAGCCGCAGAGACGCGCAUAGAAGCGGCGCGGUGAUGUUGUUGGACGCCUGCGGUAACGUGCUGGGACACAACAAAGAGAAGAUCCAGAAUGCACCUGUGAAGGGCAGAGAUGGAAACACGUCCAAGAGGGACAGUCGCACGCCGCCUAAAAUUCUGACUGUGUCUGAAAAACUGGAGCAGAAUAAUUCUGCACUGGUCCGGCCAUCUGCCUUCAAACCUGUGGUGCCCAAGAGUUUUCACUCCAUGCAGAAUCUGGUGGGGCAGUCCGGAGGCGGAAGUCGUUCGGCCGGGUCUGGAGGAGGUUCCGACGCCCCACAAUCCCUCUGCGAGCAGGACAGUCCCGACAGAGACCCUUCAGUGGGAAACGACGGUCAGGGCAUGUCCGACUCGGGCAGGAACUCUCUCACCAGUCUGCCCACAUACGCUGGUCCGGCCUACGGCCCCCCUCAAGCUCUCGGCCCGCUGAGCGCCUCCACCAGUCACAUCAACAGACUGGGAUCCAUCGGAGCGCCCCUGGACAAAGCGGACAAGAGCAACUAUCAGAACGGUCUGAGCGUGUCAGACAGCUGCCGGUCGUCGUCAGGAAAAAGCUCUUUAUCAUACCGGAGACUCUGUCAUCUAAAGGACACGUGUGCCGCCGUCCAGCCGUCUCCUUCCACCGAUGACAUCAUCCAGGACCUGGAGGACCGCCUGUGGGAGAAAGAGCAGGAGGUGCUUCACAUGAGGCGCAAUCUGGAUCAGAGCGAAGCGGCCAUCGUUCAAGUGUUCGAUGAGAAGCAGCGGGUGUGGGAGCGUGAGAUGGAGGAGCUGCGGCAGAAUUACGCCGGGCGUCUCCAGCAGGUGACCCGUCGGGCGCAGCGCACACAGCAGGCACUGCAGGCUCACACCGCCCGACUGCAGCAGGACAAGAGUCGCCUACAGGAGGAGAUCGGUGCCCUGCUCGCUCAGAGAGAAGAGCUGGAGAGAAAGUGCCUGGAUUACCGCAAGGAGCAGGCUGACAUUCUGCCCCGACUGGAGGAGACCAAGUGGGAGCUGUGUCAGAAGGCGGGUGAGAUCUCUCUGCUCAAGCAGCAGUUGAGAGAGAGUCAGAACGAGGUGACGCAGCGAGCGGGUGAGAUGGUGGCCCUCAGGGGUCAGCUGAAGGAGCUCAAUGCUCAGCUGAAGGAGCGCGAGGACACCAUGAUGGGCCUGAAGGACUCGUAUGCAAACAAGAGCCGAGAGCUGGAGAGAUGUGAGGGAGAGCUGAAACGAACACUGACCGAGGUGUCUGUGUUGCGGGAUAAACUGGUGGUGUUCGAGGCGGAGGUUCUGGGUCUGCAACGGGCUCUGACCGAGCUGGGAUGUAGGAGCGAGCGCAGCGCAGCGGCUCUGAGCGGCAGCAGCAGUUUACCCUGGGCCGGCAUCCACUCGGCCCGCGCGCCCGAGACCCUCGCCGCCCUCGCGCCCCUCAGCGCCACUGUGGACGCUUUCCUCAGCCUGCAGAGCGACGAGGCCAAAGCGCAGCGUCAGGAGGCGGGCGAGCUGCGCAGACAGCUGGAGCGUCUGCAGGGCGAGCUGCAUCUGGAGAGGCAGCAGAGAGAGAGACAGGCGCUCACCUUCGCUCACGAGCGUCACACCUGGCAGGACGAGAAAGAGCGAGUGCUGAAGUAUCAGGCUCAGCUGCAGCUCAGUUAUGUGGAGACGCUACAGAGGAAUCAAGCGCUGGAGGAACGUGUCGGUCAGCUGGCCACCACGCCCGGCUCCCCGCCGCUCAUCAGCAUCUCAAUACCCGUCCCGGUGAGCGCCGCGCUGACGCCGACCGCAGAGGAUCCCAAACCGCCCGUGAUGCAUCAGCUGGCUCCUCCGUGGCCCGGACCGUCACGCUUGGAGCGGAUCGAGUCAACGGAGAUUUAGACAAAGAGAGAUGAUUGAGCUGACACACACGUGUUCUUCAGCUGUUAACCCUCUGUGCCACACCGUCACCCUGCACAUCAGUGUCCUGAAUACUUUUACUGUUCAAGAAAAAACUAUGUGUUUUGUGACUAAUAAUGUUAGUCACAUGACGUUCCAUUUUCUUUUGGAUUCUUAAAGGAAUAGUUCGACUUCAAAAUGAAAAUUCUGUCAUUAUUUACACGCCCGUUAUUUGCAAACCUGCCCGAGUUUCCGCACAACACAAAAGAAGAGAUUUGGAAAAAUGUCGGUGAGAGAAAACCGUCGGUCCCCAUUGACUUGCAUUGGUUUUGUGUCCGUGCAAUAGAAGUCACUGGGGACCCACGUGGCACGGUUAUCAACAUUUUCAAAAUAUCUACUUUUGCAUUCUGCAGAAACAAGAAAAUCACACGGGUUUGACACGAGAACAGGUCGAGGAAAUGAUGACAGAUGACUUUAAAUCCUACAAUCCUGGAUUUUAAAUCAGUUUCCAACAGGGAUGCAGUCUCUUCAUGGCAGACUUUUGUCUAGAUCCAGUAUUUGUUCAUUUGGAUGUUGUGUUUGUGCAUGAAAACACAAGGGUGUGAUGAUGUGCGCCACAGAGGGUUGAGGAACUGAUCAGUGAUGUAAAGGAUAAACUUGUGGGUCUGCCGAAGGAUGUGUGUUUGAUAGACUCAACACAAUCAUUCAUUCGUUCUUCAAAUGACUGCAGUGACGCAACAUGAACAGCAGAGGUCACGAGAGCUUUCUUCUGCACACAAGAUUACUUGAAUGACUGAAACACAAUUUCCUGUUUUAUUUGUUUGUAAAAUCAACGGAACCAAAUGUGGAAACUGAUUCUUUCCAUAUUGACGGACUGUGGAGGAUUCGAGCUGUUCUGUAGAGAGCACUGACGGAAGUGUGUGUGUUCUAAUUCUAAUAUUGUUCUGGAGUGUUGUGGGUUUACACACAGCUGUGAAUAUGAUGAUGAGUAUUUAUGUGAAAUCGUUAUUUCCAGUAUAACAAGACAUUGCGUGUGAAUAUUUUGAAAAGACGAUCAUGAUCGUUCUUUCAUCCUUCUGAUUAUUGUGAAUCGAUUAAGCUGCCAUUUAGCUUUGUUUUGUUUUUUAUUAAACAUGGCCUGUAAAAAGUUUGCACCUAUUAACAUUAGCCACAA